AUGCUUCAGGGAUACCAAGUGUCGGCCACAAUAGUGGGCCGACUCGAGCGAGAGAUCACCGACUUGAGGUUGAAGCUUGAGUCCAUGACCAUGGAGCAUCCAAAGUCAUCGCUUCGUGGAAGAAGCCGGGGAAGGCAAGUUCCGAAAAACAGAUCGAGCCCUUCAAAUGAGGCGGUUCCAACCUGGCGCACGGUGUUCAAGUCACCAGUUUCCGCUGCCGGCCAGAACUUGAUUGUGGCCGACUCAAACAAUUUCCGAACCUCCGCCAAGUUCCAUCAAGUUCCAGGUGCACCACGCCCUGUUUGGAGCUCGCAGUCUUCGUGUUGGGCUACGAAGUGGGUUCGUAUGCUUCUUGCCCUUGCUCUGGUGUUGGCAAGCCCGCCUCGCGGCUGGUGCCGGCGGGCACGGCAACCGCAGCGUCGAGAAUUGGAGAGGAUGAUUUGUGGUUGGCCUUCUGCGCCAAUUCAUCAGGGCCACAACAGAGCCUUGUGUCAUCAUUCCGUCCGCGGUGAGUAG